AAGCACCUUAACAACAAGGCGACCCGAGCUUAGACGCGUAAUGUUGUACGAGGGUAAGCUGAACUUGCUGUGAUAGGUCGCAUCAUGCGAACUUGCAGAUGUGGGCAUGGUAUGGCUGCGGUAAGGCUUACACUGCGUGUUGUGGCUGAGCGUGUGCGAGCGUGAGAUCUGACUCGGGUAAACAUAAGGUGGGCAUGGCUUCUCUCAGACUCUCUUUUCCUUUUUCUUCUUUUGCUUUGCGUUGCUGUCACGUGCUGUUGUACUUUUUAAGUGAAGAUGGCGAGUUGGUUUCGCAGAAGCCCUCAGAGCCCCGAGUGCAUAGUCAGCCCACAGGCGCCUGGUUGCGGAGGUACGCACGAAGCUACACAAACCGUGCCAGCGACAACAAAUGGUUCGCCGACUGGAACCACGGAGAUAGCUGGGGAAACGGAAGUGUUUCUUCAACCAACAGCCAGCAACGCUGAAGUCUUCACGACUAUCAUCACCAAUGACGACGGUUCUUUCUACACAAGAGUCUCUACGAUCUUUCCUACAACAACUGCAACUGCAGCAUCGACUACAACAAUCUCUCCGUCGGUAACCACUGAAGUACCGAAGGGCGCACAGGCGACAAGUAAGAGCAGCAACAACGAUGGUGUGAGCAAAGGCGCAGUUGCCGGUAUCGCAAUCGGAACCUGUAUCGUUGGCGCGGUUAUCGCCUUUGUCGUCGCUUGGCUCCUGUUCAAGAGGCGGGACAGGAAGUUUGUCCAGAAGACUUGCCCUUCGGGUUACCCCAUCUACGCCGAUUCCUCGCCAGAGCUAGUCAUGGUGCAGAAGAGCGCUGCAACAGGGAGCCCGUAUGUUCAGGUUUCGCAGACCCAGAUGCGCACACCUGUCCCGGUCCCAGCACGUACUCCUGCUGCUGUCUCUCCGCAAGGAGUGAGCGAUGCUCUAGCUGGUAUCCUGCCGCCUGAUGCAAGCGAGCAUGAUGUCCAGAACCGCGUGUUGGCGCUGUUCGGGCAGAUACAUCGACACAUCGACACGUACUAUCGUGACGUACACGCCAGCAUUACGCCUAGCAUGGACUCUGAUCUGGCAUCAUUUGGGAAGGAUGUAGAUAUGCUUGAGCUGCUGCAAAACUGCUCAAGUCCAACAGUCGCGCUCAAGCACGCCCUCUUAGCAUUCGUGCUCAGCACCACGGAAUCGAAGAGUGAGGGUACGGAGCAGGCCCUCUGGCCAGACGAGCUUGCAAGUGUCCUGGGCCAGGACCAAAAUCUCCCAAGUCCAGAUUCCAGCCGACUAUCUACUGCUCAAGCCCUCCACCGCCGCCUUACAGUCUACCUUUAUACCCGCGCAAACGCACUUACACCACAAAACCGAUCGCAGUCCCGCCUUUCCAAUCUCUCCGCCUUCUCGUUGACGCGCAAAAUGUCCUCCACCAUUCGUGAAGCAGCAGAGCACUUCUCCCUGACUUUCUUCCCUUGGGCGAACCCCACCUUUGGCGACCAAGAGCGGGAAAGUGAUUUGGCGGGAAUCAUUGGCGAGGCACUGGAAUGCAGGAUCUGGUUGUAUGGUCAGAUGGGUGAGUGGGGCUUUGAGUGGGAGGUUCCGGGUAGAGGUGCGGUGGUUGUUGCGCCGGCUUUGGUUUUGAGGGAGGAUGGGAGGGGGCCGAGGAGGGUGGUUCUAGACCAGAGUGUCGUUGGGAUCUAGGCAGCUGUUUGGCUCUAUAUAUGCCUGGCGAGAAUGGAAGCCAGUAUAGGUGGGUUGCGGUAAUGUCAAUCUGUCACAUGUUGAUUGGUAGUUGGACACUCGAACCCCGAAACACAAUAUUAGUUUGACCCACAUGAACCACCAAUGUCGUAAAC